CAAGAUUUCGAGAACGCAGUUUUAUCUCUUUGCCAACAUCCGUCUUUUGACCACGCAGACCUUUCUCCCCAACAAGUUGCAAAACUCAUGUUAAAUUUAUUAUCCGACUCCCCUAGUGAUUCUCCUACCCUUGACGCAAAUCAACGUCAGGCCUUGAUUGCUGCUGCACAAGCGAAAUAUGGCCCAGAAAUCGUUGCUCCAAUUUUACAAAGAAUUUUCCCGACUCUCAGUUUACCACCUGGCGCCUCUCUUGUGCAGACUUUAAUCCAGCUUGGCCCGGACAUUACAAGUGAUGCAGACACUAUUCGUGCAUUGCUCUUGCGGUUUGGGAUAUCAGAUGCUACGCCUCCUCGUGAUUCCCAAGUUAUAGAGUUGAUCACAAGUUUAGCUCGUCUGGCUGCCGAAGGAACCACCCUAUGUGAUGUUGGUGCCUUAGUGCGUGCUCUGAGCAGUUUUCCUGUGAAUCUCAAUUGGGCAAACGUCAUCAAGGCAUUCGAUUGGCCAGAUCGUCAUGGCGUUGAUACGGCGACUCUCAAAUUAUUAAUCGCUAUUCUCGUCAAUUGCCCUCGCGAGGCUGACCCCCACGCUGUUACCGGGUUCUGGGGAACGUGGUCAAAUUCUUUGUACCAGUUAAAAUUACUCGACGCGCUACUCUCCUUACCUGCGGAUACCUUCAGUUUCGUCUCUUUGCCCGGGCGCCGCAUCGUUACCGUUGAUGAUAUGGCCAAUGCUAGCCCCACAAUAAAAUCCUUGGCUGCGAAUGUUCAGGGACAUACCUGGAAUUCCGUGGAACUUUUUGAGGUUUUAGUUCGGCAGUCGUGCUCAGAAAGCAUUGACAUAAAGAAUUGCGUGCAAGAAAUGUUGGAUAAGGCGCUGAAGAUUAGUGCUGAACUGGUGCAUAUGGGACUAUUGGAGGUCAAAGACCCGAGAUGGAGCGAGAUACGCAUAGAGUGUUCCCAGAAGCUGUUGAAUAUGUUCCUUGCUGGCCACCCUAAUCAUCAACUGGUUUUCAUGCGUUUGUGGCAAAUUGAGCCAUCAUAUCUUACCGAUGCAUUCCGCGACUUCUACGAGGAAAGCCCGCUUAAUAUUACCAGAAUUUUGGACGUGGCGCAAGAUUUAAAGAUUCUCGAAAAUCUACUGGAAGUUCGCCCAUUCACGUUCUCGUUGGAUGUGGCUGCGUUGGCAUCUCGUAGGGAAUAUUUGAAUCUGGAUAAAUGGUUGCUGGAUAAUGUAAACAACCACGGGGCAGAAUUCCUUCACGCAGCUAUCCUCUUCCUAGAGAUUAAGAUGGACGCAGAGAAAGCAGCCCGAGUUUCUGACCCUGCCACAGAAAGCCGCACCAUGUCCCUUAACCCUCAAAUUAUCGCUGUCUUCCUCCGCUUGCUUAGACAUAAUUCGGCCAAGAUGUCUCGAGAAGAUAUUGACUAUUGUCUUGAUGUCCGCAACACAUGCCUGCAGGUGUACCCUCGAUUAAUGAGCCUGACCCCAGGCUCUGAUGCAGAACCAGGGCUCACUGUGGUCAACUACUCUCCUGAAAUCGAGGCCGAGGUGGAUGCAAUCUACAAGCAGAUGUAUGACGAACAGACCACCAUCGAUGAGGUUGUAUCCUUGCUGCAGCGCAGCAAAGCAUCGACCGAUUCUAGAGACCACGAAAUAUUUUCAUGCAUGCUUCACUUUCUUUUCGACGAAUACAAAUUUUUUCAAUCGUACUACCCGCCACGCGAGCUUGCUAUGACCGGUUACUUAUUCGGGUCUUUAAUUCAACACCAGCUCGUGGAUUACCUUCCCCUUGGUAUCGCUAUCCGCUACGUGGUGGAUGCAUUGAAUUGCCCCCCGGAAACCAAUCUGUUUAAAUUUGGUCUUCAAGCGCUAUCACGGUUUGAAUCACGUUUGUCUGAAUGGCAGCCCCUGUGCCAGGCGCUCCUUAGGAUCCCCCACCUUAUGGAGGCUCGUCCUGAUCUCACGGCCGUCAUACACCGUGCUAUCGUUGCUGGUGGUGACGAGUCCCUUAGCAGUGCUGACAUGCGCGGAAUCACUGCAGGUUUAACUGCGGAUCCCGCGCCUGUCUUCACAGCCAUUCAACCAGACACACUCGAAGGUGAAAUUAUCGCCCCUCCGGAAGAGCUUUCCGAUAAAAUAUUAUUCAUCGUAAACAAUCUGGCGCCGAGCAACUUUGAUUCCAAGCUUGCUGAAAUGCAAGAGCAUUUUGAUGAUGCAUUUUCUCGGUGGUUUGCGAACUAUCUCGUCGAUCAGCGGGUCAGCACGGAGCCGAACAAUCAUCAGCUAUACCUGCGAUUCUUGGAUGCACUGGAUAAGCAGCCAUUGGCCAAGCUAAUCCUCCAGGAAACCUUUAUUAAAUCGGCUGCUCUGCUGAAUAGUGAAAAGACAGCCCAAAACAGCUCGGAGCGUGCCACUCUGAAGAACGUUGGCGCAUGGCUUGGCAGCAUCACUCUCGCUCGCGACAAACCAAUUAUGCACAAAAAUCUGUCUUUCAAAGACCUCCUCGUAGAAGGCUAUGACAACGGUCGGCUCAUCGUCUCCAUCCCCUUCGUCUGCAAAACUCUCGAGCCAUGUGCCAGGUCGAAAGUCUUCAAACCUCCCAACCCUUGGUUGAUGGCUGUGAUCAGUUUAUUAGCGGAACUUUACCAUUACGCCGACCUGAAGCUCAACCUGAAAUUCGAGAUCGAAGUACUUUGCAAAGGCCUUGACAUCGAUCUCGAUGCCGUAGAAGCCACAACUGUGUUGCGAAACAGGCCUUCAGCAGAUUCUCUGGCUGGUCCGCCGUUGCCAGAAUAUGUGGCUGACAUCGAUUCCAUUCCUAUGGGUGGUUACGAUCCAGCUCAGGUGCACGGUGAUCCCCAGGUUCUUGGUCUUGGACCAACUAGCCCGGCAGAAUCACAGCGAGCGAUAAGCGCUCAUAUAGAGGCCAUCCUAGCAACCCUUGUGCACCAUGUUGUUAUCAAUCCUCAGUUUCCAUCCUUGCAGUCCAACCAUAGUUUCAAGCGGGCAAUACAACUUGCUGUCCACCAUGCUGUCCGAGAGAUUAUUAUGCCUGUGGUGGAGCGAUCAGUGACGAUUGCAGGAAUCUCAACUCGUGAGCUUGUUGCUAAGGACUUUGCUACAGAAGCAAGCGAGGAGAAGUUGCGCAAAGCUGCUCAUUUGAUGGCUCAAAAGCUGGCUGGUAGUCUUGCGUUGGUCACGUGCAAAGAGCCUCUCAAAAGCAACCUCGGGACUCAUAUACGUUCAUUCCUGGCUGAGCAUGGCUUCAAUGAGGUUGGUCUCCAAGCUCUCAAACACGUGAUAGUUAUUUUGGUGCAGGAUAAUCUAGAUAUUGCCUGCUCUGCGAUAGAAAAGGCAGCGAUGGAGCGCGCUAUCUCUGAUGUGGAUGAGGGAUUCGCGGCGUCGUACGAUGUUCGUCGGCGUCAUCACGAGACUCGAAAUCCGUCAGUGUUUUGGGAUCCUGCAGCUCCUCCAUCUAGCUUCUCGGGAAAUCUUCCAGAACCGUUGCGCAUCAAGUCUACUGGUCUGCAACCUCAUCAAGCAGCAGUGUAUGAGGACUUUGCUCUCGACUCAAAACGCCGCGUUGUAACCAGUCGACCUAGUUCUACGGUCUCUUAUCGCAACGAACAAAUGGGCGCGCUUUACUCAGCAUCUCCGGCCCCGGAUCACACUUUACACAAUCCACCAGCUAUGAACCAUCAGGACGCCAUGGAACGCUUCAGCGUGUUGUUGAGAGAUAUGGAGGCCGUUGUUAUGCAAGUACCAGUACAAUCAUUGGCCUCAUUGCCGCCAAACCAUGAUAUUCGCCAUAUGGUGCGGCAAAUAUUGUAUCUCGCCUCGGAAUCCCUCGACAGGCAGCGCACACCUCUCCUCAUGUCCCAGAAGAUUGUGCAGUUACUGUACAAGAGUUCAUCUCAGCUUGGCAGAGAGAUCUAUGUCACCUUACUUGACCAGCUUUGCCAUUCGUUUGAAGAUGUUGCUAAAGAAGCCAUCACGUGGUUGUUGUAUGCUGAGGAUGAUCGCAAACUUAAUGUUCCCGUCACAGUGGCUCUACUUCGCAGCGGUCUUGUCAAUAUGUCCUUGCAAGAUCAGCAACUGGCCACGAAUAUGUUCAAAGAGCCUCGCCCGACUUUACUCACUUUUGCAGCAAAUCUUAUUCGGGAAUGUCUAUCCAGUGAACCGCCUGUCGCUUCACAGAGCCAGUUUGCGUACUCUCUAGAAAUACUCAAUCAGCUUUCACAGGCCGGCAAAGUUAACGAAGAGUUUGUUUUCUUUAACUUCUGUGCCCUUCCGAUCCGUCAAUCUUCAGUAAAACCGGAAACGGAGCAACUCCGAGAAAAGCUGUUCAUAUGGUUCCAGCAAUGGGUCGCCAUCUUCCAGAGGUCUCAUUCCCCGGAGAAGGCUUUCGUUCCUUUCAUUACCCAACUUACAAAGCAGGGCAUCCUCAAAGUCGAAGAUGUCUCCUCUUUCUUCUUCCGCGUCUGCGCAGAGUCUAGCGUCAACAGCUAUAUUAAAUGUGCAUCAACGGGAGAGUACGAAUAUGCGUUCCAAGCCCUGGAUGCGAUGUCGAGGCUGAUCGUCUACAUCAUCAAAUACCACGGAGAUGCCUCGGGCAUAAACAACGAUCAAGCCAAGGUUCACUACUUAACGAAAAUACUUUCAAUUUUUGUGCUUGUUCUUGCCAAUAUGCACGAGGAGCAAGGAGCGGUCUUCCAACAGAAACCAUUCUUCAGGUUCUUUUCCAGCCUUAUCAAUGACUUGCAUUCAAUCGAAGCGCAUCUGGGAACAGCUUACUUCCAGUUGUUGAUUGCAAUCAGCGACACUUUUAGCUCACUGCAACCGACGUAUUUCCCUGGGUUCUCCUUUUCUUGGAUGUGCUUGAUUUCUCACCGAUUAUUCAUGCCUAAGUUACUUCUAUCAGAGAACCGCGAGGGAUGGUCGGCAUUCCAUAAGCUUUUAUUGUCGCUGUUCAAGUUCCUAUCGCCUUUCCUUAAGGAGGCAGACCUUCAGGUGCCUUCCCGGGACUUGUACCGUGGUUCUUUACGCCUCCUUCUCGUGCUUCUUCACGACUUCCCCGAGUUCCUUAGUGAAUACUACUUCACUCUUUGCGAUGUUAUUCCGCCCCGCUGCAUUCAGCUCCGGAAUAUCAUACUUAGUGCAUUCCCUCCUGCCAUCAUUCUUCCCGACCCCCACUUGCGAAACAUCAAAUUCGACUCCAUUCCUGAGAUGGGACCCAUACCACCCAUUCUGUCCGAUUUUGCUUCGGGUUUGAAAAAUGGCGAUUUGCGCAACUACCUCGAUCAGUAUCUCCUGAACCGUGGAACACCUUCAUUCCUACCUUCGCUGAAAGAGCGUCUGCGGUUACCUGGUGGAGUGGAAGGUUCUUCCGAGUCCUACAACUUGUCGUUGAUCAAUUCGCUUGUGAUGUACAUCGGUGUAUCUUCAGUUGCGCAAGCUAAAGCGAGGAGUGGCUCUUCCCUCUUCGUCGCGAGUGACCCCGGUGUUAUCGCUUUACAGUAUCUUGUUACUAAUCUAGACGUUGAAGGGCAACAUCAUAUCCUCAGUUCCAUGGUUCUGCAUCUUCGUUACCCCAAUGCGCACACCCACUGGUUCAGCUCUUUGCUUCUCCAUCUUUUCGUGGAAGUUAAGGAUGAGCGCUUCAAAGAAGUCAUGACUAGAGUUCUUUUGGAGCGUUUCAUUGUUCAUCGCCCUCACCCUUGGGGUGCAUUAGUCACUUUCAUCGAGCUGCUUCGUAACCCGAAGUACGAGUUCUGGCACAAAGAAUUCAUUCGCGUUGCGCCCGAGGUCACGUUGCUGCUAGAAAGCGUUGCGAGAUCCAUUUACCAACCGUAGAUUCGCAUUGUUAUUGUCACUGCUAUCUGUCGCAAUUAUCUUCUUCUUUCUACCUUGGGUUUUUUUCACCUGCACUGUAUUGUAACAAUAUUCCACCCCAUUCAAGUGUUGAAAAAGGUGUACAACGCGAACUUUGAUGAUAUCAAGCUUCUGUAACGUUUGUCUAUAAAAAGCUUUAAAAAAAGUCGUUUACACUACAGUACUUAUGUACAACAUCUUAGGUAUCCAUGUUAAUUAACCCAUGACAUAUGCUCGUUCCAAACC